AUGAGCAGCACGUCGUCCAAGAAACUGAGAGUGUCGCGGGGUCCAAAAGCGAAGAAGCCAGUGGAGAAAGAGGAGGAGGAUACAUGUGUCAUUUGUGCCAAUGCGGUCGAGUACGUCGCCGUGACCCCGUGCAACCACCGGGUGUGCCAUCGGUGCUUGCUUCGCCAGCGGGUGCUCUACGGCAAGAAAGCGUGUCUUUUGUGUCGGAGCGACAACGAGUCGGUGGUGUUGAGUCAGGCGGAGUUUGCCCGCGACUACGAGAGCUACUCGGCUAAAGAUUUCGUCAGUUAUGAUGCUAAACGCCAUAAGCAAUGGGCGAUGGAGUUUGCCGAUAAACUGCUGCUACAGGAAACGGAGAAGAUACUUGCGUUUCUGUGUAGCAUUUGUCAGACAUCGUGCGAUCUGUUUAAAGCAUUACAGGACCAUGUGCGGCUGGAACACGCCAAGUUUUAUUGCUUGAUUUGUUGUAAGCACAAAAAGGCGUUUGUCGAUGAGUUCCCGGUGUUUACUCAUAAACAGCUUGUGCGACAUCAAACUGAAGGUGACGAUAAUGGGUUUAGCGGCCAUCCUGAGUGUAAACACUGUCAUACCCGUUUCUACUCGGAGGAUGAGCUUAAUGUCCAUAUUCGUGAUCGUCACGAACGGUGUCAUAUUUGUGACCAAACCACUCCCAAAACUGCUGACUACUAUAAGAACUACGAGGCGCUUUAUAAACACUUUAAACGGGACCAUUUCGUGUGUACUGUACCUCAAUGUGUGGAAAAGGGGUUUGUGGUUUUCGCUGAUGACCUUGAAUUAGCGGCUCACAUGAUCAAAGAACAUGGCCACAUUACCGGUUCAAAUAAGAUGGUGAUUGGACUGAGUUUCCACUCGCAAUUGCUGACAUUUAACCUGGCUCAACGGCGCCACUUUGAAACGAAUAAUUCCAAUGAAGACCAUAAUGAUCCUGAAGUGAAGAAAAAGAGAUUUGAAGAGAGAGCUCGGCUUUACCUGAACUACGAUAAACUGGUAAUGGACCAGUUCCAACGGUUUAACGCUAAUUAUCGUAAUGGUAAACUUAGUGCCCGGGAACUCUAUAACAAUUACCGGGAAUUGUUUGGUAAGCAAAGUCCCGAAGAGAUUGCUCUUUUACUAGGAGAAUUAUCUGGUCUUCUAGGUGGCCAACGGCAAUUGAAAGACCAGCUUGAUACCAUUGUUCUGGAGAUUAACAGUCAAACGCAGAUGACGACACAAUUCCCCGUGCUCCAAAAAUCGGGGUCGCUGACGCCAGUAAUUCUGCAAGCAUGGGUGGGUAAACUGUCGCUGCUGGGAGCUCUGCGACAGGAGAAGUUCCCCGCCCUCGCCAAACCUGCCCGCAAACCGGUGGCGGCGCCUCAGCCUACCAUCAAGUAUAAGACGGUGCUUUUACAACCGCAACCUAAAGCCAAAGUCCAGGUGAACACUCGCCAAGCCAACUAUACCCCGGCUUAUUUAAGUAGUUCCCGCAGUGGUCUGGCGUCGCCGCUGACUGGGGGGUCGCUGACGGCUAGUCCCAGUGCUGAUAAGUUCCCUGCGUUGGAGAAGAAACCGAAGAAGACGGUGAUUCCACGGGUGAACCAGUACCUGAUUCCUGACCCUAACCAGUGGGGCACUCCCUCUCCUAAACCGCAAACCAAUGGAUCAGCCGAUAACGAUUUUGGCGGUGUCGGUAUUAGAGUGGUCGACAAACGUAAGGGUAAAAAGAAUAAACCCUACAACACCAGCGACCUCUUUUAA